ACAACUCUCCUCCUCCCCUUGAGCUAAGCCACUAGAAAGAACUGUCGUUCGAUGCGCGCGUUUCCGUGAUCUGUUUUUUUCGACACCCUCGCUUGAACGUGCCCAAACAUCUUCGCAUUUAGUUCGCCGGAAGAUGUUGCGACCAAUUUGGCUGAGAAGAGUACACAUUGCGACACCACGUACAGAUGGGAGGGCGGGAGCAGGCGACUUGCACCCUUCGGGCAGUCAGAAUGGAUUUCGCUGGCUCUGGUCCGUACCAUCUCCGAUGAAGUCGCAUAGAAUCAAGUUGGCCAUUGUUCGCCGAGAACGAGUUCGUGGGAUCUAGAUUUGGACUAAGCAGAACCCCAAAUGAAGCAGAUGGCUGUCUGCUCCAUCAGUCGCUUUCCGUGCCACACAUAUUUCGGGAUAUGGGCGUAUCACCGAAUGGCUUUGCCGCAGAAUGCAAUCGAUGGCGAUGGAAGAAUCCGACACUGUCGAGUCAGAUUGCCUGGCGCCUUGUUCGUGGCGUCUGCUGAGAUUCAAAUGCAUCGCCCAGCCUGUGAUGGAGACGUCACCCGCCUUUCACCUUGCCUCUCUUCCUCCCUCACAUGUCGUCCUCUCUAGGGACCAUGACCGAAAACGCUGAUUUCGUGCGGUUUUCGUAUCCGGCCAUGCUCCCUCCUCCCGCACCGCGGCCCCGGCCGCUGUGGAGCGUCAUCAAAGGGAUACCGGGGUCUAUGCAGCUGGUCGCGGUUUCGUGGAACAGCAUGCGCAACACUUGGGCUUAUGGCUACAUCGUGGACGGACUCAAGUUUAUCGCUGCCGGCGCGGUCGUUGAAACUGUGAAGCAGGCGGUGGUCUGGCUAUAUCAGCGCUUGAAACUGCGAUAUUCAAUCAGCGCUGAAUUCGUCUUGGGGGAUCCAGCUUAUGAAUGGGUUGUCAUGUUUCUGGUGAAACCUGAGGGGAAGACUGAUAACAACGUGUGGCAAUAUGCACAAGACUUCCGGGUGUCGUCCAAGAGCUCCAAAGUCGUGUACGGUGUGACGGUAUCGGCUGACCCCGAAAUUACGGGCAAUGCCGACUAUGUUCCGACCUACGAAGCGCCGCAGUUGUUUCGAUGGCGCGGGCACUGGGUUGAAGUGCAGCGCUACCGCAUACAAACUCAGGCUCCGAAUGGACAGACGCAGCAAACGGUCACCCUUUCCAUCACCAUAUUCACGCGGCAGAUAUCAGUUCUGUCUGAAUUUGUCGAGGAAGCCCACCAGAACUAUCAGCUGAAGAGUAAGCCAUACGUGACCAUCUUCCUCGCCGAUUCGCCGGGAUACGGGGGGUCCUUCCUGUGGACGGUCAAACGGAAGCCUCAACGACCGAUCGAGUCUAUCAUCUUGCCAGACGGGGCUUUGGAUGACUUGAUUGCGGAUGCGCGACGAUUCUUCGCUGCUGAAGCUUGGUAUCAUCGAGCAGGCAUUCCCCAUCGGCGAGGAUAUCUGUUAUUUGGGCCUCCUGGAACCGGCAAAAGCUCCACUAUCCAUGCCGUUGCCGGUGCUCUCAACCUCGAAGUUCAUUCGUUCUCUUUGGCCUCUGGAUUCGUAGAUGAUGCAUUCCUCCAACGGGCGAUUUCGACCAUUCCCAAGCGGAGUCUUGUGCUUGUUGAGGACAUCGACUGUGCGCUGCCGUCUCGAGAUUCAGACGAUGACGACUACCGUCCAGAUCGAAAAGGCGGUGUCACUCUUUCGGGUCUGCUCAAUGUGAUUGACGGCAUAGGCAGUGAAGAGGGAAAGCUCUUCUUUGCAACAACGAACUACGUCGAUCGUCUAGAUUCUGCGUUGAUGCGUCCAGGGCGAAUCGACUAUCGUGUGCGGUACACGCUAGCCACGAAAGAACAGGCCCGCAGGAUGUUUGAGCGAUUGUUUGAGGAUUCCGAGGAGUCGCUCGAGAAGCCGAGGAAAUUGAGCCAGACCGAAGUAGCAGAGCUCGCUCAACGAUUCGCUGAUGGGAUUCGUGACUACGAGUUCUCGCCGGCCGAGCUGCAAGGUUAUCUGCUGCGGAACCGGGAGCGCCCGGUCGCUGCUGCUGACGAAAUCAAAGCCUGGGUGACGCAGCAGAACGAUAUGAAACGGGAGAAGGAGGAGCUGCGAGAGGAAAGACGAGAGCGGGCGCGCGAGAAUCGAGCUAGGAUGGAGGCUGCGAGGUAUCCUCCAUACGCUUACCCUCCCUACUCGGAUCCACCGCCCCCGAUGCAAACGUCACCUAGUCAAGGUGAUGCGGCCGCGGCUGGUGUCGAUGAUUCUGACAGAGCACCGGCACCUGUCCUUGCAUCACCUGACUCGGAGUGCGUUCAGCCCAAGGUCAAUGGCAUCCACGCGUCUGACUAAGGCAUGAAGCACGGAGUUUCGAGUGGAGGGCUGAGCUCAUCACACGAUCAAUCUAAACAAUCAGCUUCGGUUCCCAGCGCAAAAAUGAAUCUCACGCCAUGAAACAGAGCUAGUGUUCCCUUGGUGCUUUCGACAUGACCAUGCCCUUCGACGUUUCGGCGUCCGAUUGUGCCCCCGUGAUGACUGGUGUAGGCACGACAUGUUGUGAGCAGACGGGUUGACGUCGUGUACUGAGUUGUGGACAUUUGGUAGAGAGCCGUUACGGCCAGAUGAACUGCUUUGUGUCUGGCACAAGAACGCGAUUUUGAGUGCAAAGUUAGUGCCGGCUCAGCAGAAGCAGAUUUGGAAUUCUGCUAGAAGGAACCAGGUACUCGUUCGGUAAUUGUAUUCAUCAGUGACAGGGCAGAUCGCUGUUGGAAUCGAUCAGCCAUCAAACCCGCGUCGUUUGUUCUUCCCUUCUUGAGCAUGGCCGUCCCUGUCACUGUCGGACGACAGUCCUCUCUUACUUCCUGUUCUCACCUGGUUUGCUCACGAGCAUCGCUUCGGCCCUCUCCCUUGCGCUCUUUCCUUCCGCCACACACACUGGGAUCUGGCCCUGGUGGCGCGCCCAACCAUCGAUCUCUUACAGAGCGCCGAUCGCCCACUACUCGUUGCACAUUUGAAACGCGCGUCAGGACUGGGACGACGAAUUAAAUAUGCCUAGCUUGACGCUCAUGGCCUCCAUCACGACCGCAUCUGCACCUGGGUCAGCACCUUCACCGGUUCCACGGCCCUCACUACUCUUGCCUAUUGUCGUCGGAGGGACCAUCGGACUGCUCCUAUCCGUCUCACUCAUGCUGGUCGUCCGUCAUUUCCGCCGCAAGAGCAAGGAGCCCUCGGGGAGUCGGGAGGUGCAGGCUGGAGAAACGGUUUCGCGCAGCCAUCCCGCUGCGUUGAUGAUUACGCCUGCGCAGGGGAAAGGAACCCCGCGUUUCAUACACACGCCAGGUACCAAUAUGCGUAUCGCGACUAGGCGGCCUGAUGGCGCCUGGGACUUUGCCGACCCGCGAGCGCCAUUCACGCCCGAAAUCAUUGCCGAUGUACCCCAAACGACGGACCAGUCCUCGGCUGCGCACUCUCCCUACUCAUACGGGCCUGUUCCGGGGAGUGUUGCUGAGCUUCAGCCGCCCCCGCAGGUGGCGUCGCUGCACUUCGGAUCGCCCUCGAAGUCCGAGUCGCCGUCGCCCUGGAGAACGCAUUCGCCAGCAGGGUCUACUGCCCCACUGCUACCGCCGCCUUCGCUCGCCAGCCAUUCGCUAAAUGGAUCCGCGUAUUCCUCCAACGAUUCUUUCCUGGAGAUGGACUCGGAGCCGCUGUCAAUCUCGUCACGAGGCAUGGAAAGUGUCAGUGCGUGGGCCCGGGAUGUGCGAGCACCCAAUGCAGGCAGUCCGCUUCGGGAUCCGCCGAUGACAAGGCCCGAGCCGAGGAGACCUCCGCGACCCUCUCAAGACCUUGACGACCCGACGAUGCCUGCAGGGUAUCCCACUAGAUCACCAGCUUCUCGCCAGAUGCGAACAGGAUCCGAUGCUGCUGACCGAGAGCCAGCGCCGCGUGUGCCGAGGAGGGGGCCGCCUGCAUAUUUGUAACCAUUUGGACUUUCUGCGCCCUUUCAUUCAAAGUAUUGUUAUCAGAUACAGUCUCUGUGUCAAUUGUACCCAUGUGCCCCCCUUUUUGGACUCGUGUGAAAACCGAGGAGCUUCUUCAUCCCAACGGAUAUCCGGUCCCG